UUCCCUUGGUCGGGGUUGUAUAAAACCCGAGUGACUUUUUCAACUGCCAAACAUUGUUGCAGAGUUCACCCAGCGAAGAUGUUCAAAGUAGUAUUCCUUUUGUGCGGACUGUUGGCUGCCCUGAUCCAGGCUCGUCCUAGUUAUCUGCCCAGCUAUGAGCAUGUGGAGUAUGCCCCCAGUGUGGUGGGCUACGAAAGCUAUGCCCUGCCAGCCGCAGUUUCCCACCAAAGUUCCACGGUGGUGCACGAGAAGCGCCCCUAUUGGCGCCCAAUUGUGGACCACACUCCGCUCCUGAAGGCGGCCUAUGCCCCGGCCACCUCCAUCUCCUAUGCUCCCCUGGGCUACGCGGGCAGCAGUGCGGGAUGGUACGAGCCAGGAGUCUGGGGAGGAGCCAGUUACCCCAGCAUUUACCUGAAGUAGAGGAACCCUCCAUAGGAAUAUCCCCCCUGGAAAUCUCAUUCUGCGCUAAUGCUAAGAAUUACAUGCUUUAUUUUUUUUAAAUGUUACAUUUCUUCGAUUUUGCG